AUGGCAACGCGUGGACUCGUUGCAGUGUUUCCGCCGGCAUUUCCAUUCCCAGGUCACAUCGCGACGGAGCAAUCUCCAUUUAUAUCGCACGGCACGACCAAAUCGAGAAGUAGAAGAAACCGAGAGUUGAAGCGGAGGAGGAAGCAGAUGGAUUCAUCCUCCGGCAAGAGCAAUUCAAAUCCAUAUCUUGCCGUCAACAGGCUCGGCAAGAUCAUCCAAAAGCACUCCUUUUCCUCCUCCUCCUCCUCCUCCUCCUCCUUCCUGCCGACCCCACCGCCGCCGCCGCCGCAGCAGCAGCAGCAGCGCGUCUACACGAUCAGCAAGCGCGACUUCCGCAGCGUGGUGCAGCAGCUCACCGCCGCCAGCACUCCGUCGCACCCGCCUUCCUCUCCUCCGCGGCUCCACAAGAUUCGCCCCGCGCCGCUCCCCCUCGCUUCCCCUACCCCCCGCCUCCCUUCUCCGCCGCCACCUCCCCUCAGCUCCGCUCCCGCCGAGUCCCCCGUCUCCGCCUACAUGCGUUUCCUCCUCGCCUCCGACGACGGCAACAACCCCUCGCCCCGCCUCCCCUUCCCCUCCCCUCAGCCGCCGCCCUCGCCGUCCGCGUUCCUCGACCUGCUCUCGCCCAAAUCCCCCUGCUCGCUGCUAUCGCCGCCGCUCCUCCACUACGCGCCGCCGCUCUCGCCGGGCUUUUCUUGGCCGCCGUCUCCCUCCGCCUUCCCGCCCAUCCCCAGCCCUACCUGGAGGAACCUCAUGUAGCUCAACUGUUUGCGAAAUUGCCCCAGAGAACCAAGCUCAAAGCUAGAAUUUAUAGUUUUAUGUUCUAAACGUAAUUUCUUUAGUUAUAUGAUUAAAACAGUCUGAUCACAAUCCAUGUUUCAGUGUGGUUUUGAUGAAUUCCUGUAAACAAUAAUAUCAGUGG